AUGGAGAAGUACCGAUUCCCCACCAGUCCCAAGGCCAACCCCCAGGCCAUCAUUGCAGGCCCGAAUUAUCGAUUCACCGUCCUGACCGACCGCUUGAUUCGAUACGAGUGGGCAGAAGAUGGCCGGUUCGAGGACCGAGCCUCCACGUUUGCCGUCUGUCGCGACCUGCCGCUGCCCGAAUUCCGCACCGUCGACGAUGCGUCGGGGCUCGAGAUCAUCACCAAACACGUCCAGCUGAGCUACGAUAAGCAGCGAUUCAGUCCCGCCGGCUUGGUGGCCCACCUCACAGCUCGCACCACCAAGUACGGCACCGCAUGGCGGUUUGGCACUCCGUCGCCUCUCAACCUGGGCGGCACUGCCCGGACGCUGGACCUGUGCGACGGACGCUGCAGUAUGGGCGAGGGCGUGCUGUCCAAGGCUGGAUUUGCCACCGUCGACGACUCCGACUCCAUGCUCUUCGACGGUGACGGCUUCGUGGCGGCGCGACCGGCGGGCGACCGGGUCGAUGGCUAUCUGUUCGCCUACGGACGCGACUACAAAGCAGCCAUCGGCGCCUUCCACGCCGUGUCCGGACGCCAGCCGAUCAUUCCGCGCUAUGCCCUGGGGAACUGGUGGAGUCGAUAUUAUCCCUAUCGACAGGACGAGUUCCUGCAGCUCAUGGACCAGUUUCGCGCCCGCGACAUUCCUCUGUCCGUGGCGGUGCUGGACAUGGAGUGGCAUCUGGUCUCCGACAAGCGAGUGCCUCAUGCAGGCUGGACGGGGUAUACGUGGAAUCGAGAUCUCUUUCCCCAUCCACCUAAGUUCGGUCAAGAGCUUCGCCGCCGGGACCUGAAGAUGACACUGUGCGACCACCCGCACAGUGGCAUUCACCACCACGAGGACUCAUACGAGGAGAUGGCGCGCUUCCUCGGCCACGACACCAAGGACAAAAACCCCAUCCUCUUCGACCCGACCAGCCCCAGGUUUAUGGAUGCCUACCUGAACAUUCUGCAUCGCAACCUGGAAUCGGAAUGCGACUUCUGGUGGAUCGACUGGCAGCAAGGCCCCUACUCCAAGAUCCCCGGUGUCGACCCGCUGUGGAUGCUGAACCACUUCCACUGUCUGGACCACGCACGAGUUGGAAAGACACCGCUCAUUCUCUCUCGCUAUGCCGGACCCGGUAGUCACCGGUACCCCAUAGGCUUUUCCGGAGACACGUUCGUGACCUGGGCGUCGCUCGAAUUUCAACCCGAGUUCACGGCGACGGCGUCGAAUAUCGGGUACGGAUGGUGGAGUCACGACAUCGGUGGCCAUAUUCAUGGCGGUCGCGAUGAUGAACUCGUCACGCGGUGGCUGCAGCUCGGGGCUUUCUCGCCGAUACUGCGCCUGCACUCCACCGCGUCGCGUUGGAUGUCCAAGGAGCCGUGGUUGUAUCGCCCGGAAUGCGAGUCAACCAUGUCCGACUUCCUACGGCUAAGACAUCGGCUAGUGCCAUUCUUGUACACGCACAAUGUCCUAGGGUCGAGGACAAACGAGCCGCUGGUGCAGCCCAUGUACUGGGAGUAUCCCUACCGCGAAGAGGCCUACUCGGUUCCGAACGAGUACUUCUUCGCCUCCACGCUUGUCGUCGUCCCCAUCGUCCAGCCCCGAGACAAGCGAACGAAUCUCGCCUCGGCCCAGUCAUGGCUGCCGCCUCAUCGCCGUCUCGUCGACAUUUUCACCGGGACCGUAUAUGACGGAGACCGGAACCUCACCUUGUAUAGACGCCUGGACGAGUAUCCGGUUCUGGCACCAGAAGGGUCGAUCAUCCCCCUUGACGGGGAAGCCUCCCCCCGGAAUGGGUGCCUGAGCCCGGAGAAGUUUGAAAUUAUCGUUGCCGUUGGCCAGGAUGGACAAACAAAGGUUUUGGAAGAUAGCCAAGCUGGCGAACCAGACCAAACAGUCGCGGAAAUCAAUUUCACGCAAGCCUCUGGCAAGCUGACGGCCCACGUCUCCGGUCGAACCUGGGCCUUCCGAUUUCUUGCAAUUGCCUCCAUUCCGAGUGACUUUCAAGUCUUAGUUGAUGGUACUGACCGGACUACCGACGCUAGCAUCACCGUCGCGCAGCAUCCAGAGACGCCGGGGCUGCUGGUGGAGUGCCCAUCCAGUUCGCACGAAAGCCAUGAGAUCGUCAUUCUCCUCGGUCGCGACCCCCAGUUCAGCGUGAUUGAUCGCACACCCCGACUAGAAGGAUUGAUCCGAGAUUAUCAGAUCGAAUUCGCCAUGAAGGAUCGGCUGUGGGAUGUUGUAACCGGCUCUUCUCAUCAGCCGCUCAACGUGACGGUUGGGAAACUGAUGGCUUUGGGCUAUGACGAGGCCAUUUUUGGGCCGGUGGCAGAGCUGCUACUGGCCGAUAGUCGCUCGCAGCAUUGA